AUGGCGUCCCGUCUUCUUGUCUCUGGCCUCCCCCGGUCCCUCCCUCCCCUUCCUCCGGGGCCUGCCCCCACCUGCGUUCCCUGCGUCGAGGGGCGGCAGCGCGCUGCCCCUCACUCCUCCGAGUUUCCUCCGACAGAGGCUCCGCUGCAGACGCUUCACAUGGACGUGUGGGGCCCAGCCCGCGUCCGUGGACAGGGUCAGGAGCGUUACUUCCUGCUGGUGGUUGACGAUUACUCGCGUUACACCGCAGUCUUCCCCUUGCGCAGCAAGGGUGACGUCACUGAGGUGUUGAUCGCCUGGAUCCGCGCAGCUCGUCUCCAGCUCCAGGAGAGUUUCGGCUCCGACUUUCCUGUUCGGCGUCUGCACUCCGACAGAGGCGGAGAGUUCUCCUCUGACCUUCUGCGGGCCUUCUGUCGCGCACGAGGCAUCCGCCAGACCUUCACGCUUCCGGACUCUCCGCAGCAGAAUGGGAUUGCUGAGCGCCGCAUCGGCAUGGUCAUGGACGUCGCUCGUACGUCCAUGAUCCAUGCGGCUGCUCCCCAUUUUCUGUGGCCGUUUGCGGUUCGGUACGCGGCGCAUCAGCUCAACCUUCACCCCCGGGUCUCCAUGCCGGAGACCUCCCCUGCUUUGCUGUGGACGGGGAAGGUUGGUGAUGCGUCGCGUUUCCGGGUCUGGGGAUCUAGGGCGUUUGUCCGCGACUUGUCUGCGGACAAGCUGUCCUCUCGUGCUGUUCCCUGCGUCUUCCUUGGCUUUCCCCCUGACGCGCCAGGCUGGCAGUUCUACCACCCCACCUCGCGCCGUGUCUUCGCGUCCCAGGACGUCACCUUUGACGAGUCGGUUCCCUACUACCGUCUCUUCCCCUACCGCACUGCGUCCCUCCCUCCCCCGCCGCUCUUCCUUACGCCAGGUCCCCCUCCGGUAGACCCCCUCCCCCCUCAGGGUCCUGCUCCCUCAGGUGUGUCCCAGGUAGAUGCAGUUGAGCCAGUCGAGGUAGCUGUUGACUCUGGUGCUGCUGGUGGUGCUGAGCCUGGGGGUGCUGGGUCUGGGGGUGCUGCGACUGGGGGUGCUGAGCCUGGGGGUGCUGAGCCUGGGUGUGCUGAGCCUGGGGGUACUGAGCCUGGGGGUGCUGCGCCUGGGGGUGCUGCGUCUGGGGGUGCUGCGUCUGGGGGUGCUGCGCCUGGGGGUGCUGCGCCUGGGGGUGUUGAGCCUGGGGGUGCUGAGCCUGGAGGUGCUGAGUCUCGGAGUGCGGAGCCUGAGAGUGCUGGACCUGCUCGUCUGGCGUCUGGUGGUGCUGAGCCUGGCAGUUCUUCGGGUGCUUCGUCCCGGCGGGAGCUGCUCUCUCCACAGGAGCUGCGUGAGUGGUUCGCCCGGCGCUGGCGGCGUGCUGCUGGAGCUGGUGGUGCUGCAGGAGCUGGAGGUUCUACUGCUGCUGAGAGUGCUGGUGCCGAGGGUCCCAGAGGUGCUCGUACCGAGUGUACUGGAGCUGCUGGCCCUACGAGUGCUCCUCCUGCUGGAGCUGGUGGUGCUGCUGGUGCUGCUGGCGUUGGUGCUGCUGGUGCUCCUGGAGCUGGAGCUGCUGGUGCUGCUGGUGCUGCUGGUGCUGCUGGCGUUGGUGCUGCUGGUGCUCCUGGAGCUGGAGCUGCUGCGUCUUCGGGUGGUCCGGCUGGAGCUGGAGCUACUGGGGGUGUUGGCGCUGGGGGUGCUCCUGGCGCUGGUGCUGCUGAGGGUGCUGGAGUUGGAGCUGCUGGAGCUGGGGGUCCUCCUGGUGCUGGUGCUCCCGCUGGGGGUGCUGGUGCUGUUCCUGCUGGCACUGGUGGAGCUGCGCGGCCACGGCCGUACUUCGUUCCGCUCCUUGAGCAGGUUCUUGGUCUUCCGUCCUCUCUUGGUCCUGCUCCUGCCUUAGAGUGUCCGCCUCCUGUCCAGUCUGAGUCACAGUUACAGCCACCUUCCCCGCUUCCUUCUCCUUCUCCCUACACUGGUCCUACUGGAGGUCUUGCUGAGCGUCGUGAGCCUGCGUCUCGCCCUGCGUCGCCUGUCCGCGCUGCUCGCACUAGUGGUCGUGGUUCCCGUCAGCGUCCUCCCCCUGUCCCCGGUACGCACCAAAUGUCUUUGCGUCCUUCCACUGCUCCUCUGCGUGCCCCUUUGCCUUCUCCUCCCGCGUCCUCUCUUCCUGACCUUCCUGACCCUGAGUCGGACUCCCUUCGUGCGGCGCGUCCUACUGUCACGCGUCUCCUUGCUACUGUUGUCACUGACCCUUCCUUUGAGUCUACUGCUGCGUCUGCUCUGGUUGCUGAGCUUGUCGACUUCGCUGCCCGCUGUCGCCUAGACUACGCUGCCAGUCUCGUCGCUGAGUCUGAGUCUGUCUGUCCUCCGUCCGUCGGGGGUGAGUGUGCUCUUGGCACGGACGUCCUUGAGGACAGGCAGGAGGAGUUCCAGUGCUUGGCUGCUGCUUCACCUCAUCUCGUGUCCAUGCUGCUUGCCCCUGAGGGAGACCCGGAUGCACUUGACAUCCCGACUCCACGCUCUUACGCGGAGGCGAUAGAGGGUCCCUACUCUUCUCAGUGGCAGGCAGCCAUGGACGCAGAGAUGGCUUCCUGGAAGUCCACAGGCACCUACGUUGACGAGGUUCUCUCGCCUGGGGCGAACAUUGUCAGUGGCAUGUGGAUUUUCAGGGUGAAGCGGCCGCCGGGUUCUCCGCCUGUCUUCAAGGCGCGUUACGUGGCUCGUGGCUUCAGUCAGCGGCAGGGAGUUGACUACUUUCAUACCUUCUCUCCCACCCCGAAGAUGACCACUCUUCGGGUACUGCUGCACAUAGCCGCUCACCGAGACUACGAGCUGCACUCUCUUGACUUCAGCACAGCUUUCCUGCAGGGCAGCCUGCACGAGGAGAUCUGGCUGCGCCGCCCACCUGGAUUCACUGGGUCUUUUCCUCCUGGCACCCAGUGGAGCCUCCGGCGGCCAGUCUACGGUCUCCGCCAGGCGCCUCGUGAGUGGCACGACACACUGAGGACUACACUUGCGGCUCUUAGGUUUGCUCCUUCUACUGCCGACCCGUCGCUGUUUCUGCGCACCGACUCUUCCUUGCCGCCGUUCUACAUCCUCGUGUACGUCGACGACUUGGUCUUUGCUACAGCUGACACUGCUGGACUUGCCUACGUGAAGUCCGAGCUGCAGAAGAGACACACGUGCACAGACCUGGGUGAACUGCGCAGCUACCUUGGCUUGCAGAUCACCCGGGACAGAGCACAGCGCACCAUUACCCUGACUCAGUCACACAUGGUGCAGCAGGUCCUUCAGCGCUUCGGCUUCACGUACUCCUCGCCUCAGGCCACUCCUCUGCCUACACGCCACUCGCUCUCAGCUCUGCCUUCGGAUGAGUCCGUAGAGUCGAGUGGCCCGUACCCAGAGCUUGUCGGCUGCCUCAUGUACCUGAUGACCUGCACUCGACCUGACCUUGCAUACCCUCUUAGCAUUCUGGCACGCUUUGUUGCUCCUGGGAGACACAGACCAGAGCACAUGGCUGCAGCGAAGAGGGUGUUGCGCUACUUGUGCAGUACGUCGGGCAUGGGGCUUGUGCUUGGAGGGCAGAGUUCAGUGGUCCUCACUGGUCACGCAGACGCUUCUUGGGCUGACGACCAGGCUACGCAGCGGUCGUCACAGGGUUACACCUUCAGCCUUGGCUCCGGCUCUGUUUCGUGGCGGUCUACCCGCUCGUCUUCUGUUCUCGGCUCCAGUUGUGAGGCUGAGAUCUACGCAGGGGCCAUGGCUGCACAGGAGUUACGCUGGCUCACCUACCUGCUGACUGACCUGGGAGAGCCGCCUCGUUCUCCUCCAGUGCUGUACGUAGACAACAAGGCCAUGCUGGCCUUGUGUCGGGAGCACAGACUGGAGCACAGAACGAAGCACAUCGCUCUCCGCUACUUCCUUGCUCGUGAGCUGCAGCAGCGUGGUCAGCUGCGCCUUGCUUACGUCGACAUGACAUCGGUGCAGUCGACCCUGCGCCGCACCCUGAUCACCAUCCGUACGCGCUACAUCGAGUGCGGCGGCGAUGACUUUGGUGGCGGCCCGCAGCUACAUCUCGGGGCCUUCCUAGCCAGGCUCAAAAAGUCCCCGACAAUCACAGUGGCAGGUGUGGACAAGGAGGGGGAGAAGCGACAACAUAGCUUCGACCUGCACGAGGAGGCAUUGACGGGCUACAGCAAGACCCCGGAUGACUUGCAGUCAUGCCUCGACGUCUGCCGCCGCCACGCCAAUUCGACGCUCACCCACCUCCAGAAGAGGCUGGGGGAUCUAGACAGCCUGAACGGUGUCCGGCUUUUCAUGCCAGACACGCACCCUGAAGACAAGGAGGGACGCGCUGAGGAGUGUCGCGAGCACUUCGAGACUCUCGUCAACUUGUUCCAUGCCCGCGAACGCGCAGACAUUCUCUCGGGUAAGCACUAG